UCUGUGAGGAUGUUUUGAAAGAUGUUAUGGAUAGAGUGGACUCUUCUGGUGAAAACGUCAAUGAUGAGCUUGUCCGUAAAAAUCUAUGGGAUUAUUGUUCUGAAGUUUAUAAUAAACGUGAUUCAAAGAAUUCUGAUGAAGAAAGAAAGGAUAAAAUGUGUUUCUAUAUUGGUGCUCACAAGGAUUCAUCUGCCUCAAUGAUUGGAGAUGCUGUUAAAACUCUUGCCUAUAAGAAGCCUCCUCUUAAAGUUUGCAAAGAUUUGAAGACAAAAGAUGCUCAAAUUUGUUCAUUGAAAUAUGACAAACCAAUCGAUUGGGAUAGUUUGGAUUUGGACAAAAUGAGAGUUGGACAGUUGAGAGAGUUAUUGCGCAAAUUGGGUGAUAGUUGCAAAGGUUGUGUUGAGAAAGUCGAUUUUGUGCAACGAAUUCGGGAAUUAAUGCCGAAGAAGGAAGCAAAAGAAGAACUUUAA